AUGACCGUCGAGUUCGAAUGCGGCUUCAGCAUCUAUCCUCCUCUCCCCCCAACGCCCUCUAACCACUUCCACUACGCCCUCUUCCUCUCCCGCCUCAGAACAACAUUCUCCCAUCGAAAUCAUCCCUCCAUCUCCAACCCGCUCCUUAUAACUGAUGCCGACAGCGCCUUCUACUACUUCACGUUACCCAAGUAUCCUAAAAUUCCCGCCAAUCCUGAACACUGCAACUACUUCCUGAGUUUCCGCCUCAGCUUCGGAAACGGUGGCUUACCACGAGACGUAGCUGUUUCCCAUAUUAUGGAAGUGUUCUUUAUUGCGAAGGAGUAUUUUGUGGAGAGGGUUAGGUGUUGGAAUGAGAUGCAUAGGAUGAGGCGUAAUGGGUACUAUACACCUACAGUUGUUGAGGAGGCAGAAGAGGAGGUCAGGAAGCUGUGUAAGGCUAUGAUUCCGAAUAGUAUGGUGACGGAGACGGUGGUGGAAACGCCGGAGGAAGAGAACGUUGUGGAAGUUGGAGCUCUGGCUUUGCUUGGCUAG